AUGCCUCAAGCGCAGCCAGAACUGAAGAAGUACCUCGACAAGCGCGUCGAAGUCCAGCUCAAUGGCUCGCGCAAGGUGAUGGGAACCCUCAGAGGAUAUGAUGUCUUCCUCAACGUUGUCCUCGAUGAAGCCACCGAAAGCAAGCCAAACGGCGAGAAGGCACGACUCGGCAUGUGUGUGAUCCGCGGCAACUCGGUGGUCAUGAUGGAGGCGCUGGACAGGAUCGACUCGGAUAACAGACACCACGGUGGAAGGUAG